AUGGCAGCAUCCUCCGUCCUGACCACACUACAGGUGGAGAUCAUCUGUCCCGUCUGCCUGGAAUAUUUCAAAAACCCUUUAACCAUCAACUGCGGGCACAACUUUUGUGCCUCAUGCAUCCAUUUUUCAUGGAUGUAUCAGCGGGGAACAUUCCCUUGCCCCGUCUGCCGAUAUCCACACGAGGAGAUACACUUCAGUGCCAACCCCCAGCUGAGCAGGCUGGUGGACCUGGCCAAGCUCCUCCACAGCUCCAAGAGUAGCAAGAUGACACAGGAAGAGGAGUGCAGGUGUGAGGAGCACAGGCAGGGGAUGAGCCUCUUCUGCGAGGAUGACCAGAAGCUGGUAUGUCCCCUGUGCGCCCAGGGCCCUGCCCACCAGGGCCACCACGUCAGGUCCGUGGCCGAGGCAGUGGCUCAUCACAGACAGAGGCUCAGAGGGUACAUCAAGCCCUUGAAGAAGCGGCUGGCAGGGAUGCAGAAGCUUCUGAUCACCCGAAACAAAAACCUUCUAGAACUAAGUGAGCAAGUGGAAAAUGAGAAACUUCAAUUAGCCUCUGAAUUUUCUGAACUGAACCUGUUUGUAGAACACGAACAAGAGAGAACGUUAUUCAAGUUGGAUAAAGAAGACAAAAGUAUUCAACAGAAACUCACUACCAACUUCACUGCAAUUUCUGGAUAUAUUGACACCCUCAACGGCCUGCUCAGUGAAGUGGCAGAGAAGAAGGUUACGUCUGAAGGAAGCAUGCUGAGGGAUGUCAAGAGCCUCCAGCACAAAUAUAACGCCUUGGAGUUCCCAUCUGUGUGGACUGUUCAUUGGAGACCGGAAGGCUGCUGUCUUCCUCCGCUGUGCUCAGAGCUCGAGAAAAUCAUCCAGAAAUUCCAAGAAGAAGUGACUCUGGAUCCCCAAAAAACACACCCCAGUCUGCAUGUAUCUGAAGACAGAAAGUCUGUGGUCUAUCUGAGGAAUAGGACAAAAGUUGAGGGAGAACCAGAGCGAUGCCCUGAUGAUGUAGCAGUUCUGGGCUCUGAAGGAUACCGUUCUGGCCGACAUUACUGGCAGGUGCAGGUGGGCAACAAGUCUGAGUGGGCCGUGGGGGUGUGCACAGACCCCCCUGCUGGGAAAGGGCAGCCGCCCCUAUCGGUUCAGAACAGAUCCUGGACGGUCCAGCUGCAGGAUGGCAACUACCUAGCUGGAGGCUCUGUACCUGUCCUUCUCUCUUUGAAGGAUAAACCCACAGAGAUUGGCAUUUACCUGGACUAUGAGUUGGGCCAGAUUUCCUUUUAUGAUGCCAGAGAUGGGUCUCACAUCCAUUCUUUACUGGAGAGGUUUUCUGAUGUACUAAAGCCAUAUUUUCGAGUCGGCCAGGAUUCUAUCCCUCUUAUAGUGUCUGCGAUAAGAGAUUCUACAGAAUGA